UUGAACGCUACAUCACACAAAGUUGGAGUGAAGACAAGGGAGAAAGAAUUUAACACAGCCGAUUUUACAGACGGCCAGAAACAAUCAUCUUAGAGCCGGCUAUCCCCAUGUUUGCCAGCACAAUCUAUUCUACCCCUGUCCUUUUGCCCAUUCCUUUAUAAACCUCUUCACUUCAUUCACUACUUCAUAAUUCAUUCAUAUAUAUAAACUUAUUUUGUAUGCACCAUUAAUAUCAUCACCAUCCAUCUUUGUUCUUUCUCGUGCAUGGUGCAACCUUCUCUAUGGCCAAAAAAUCACAGCUGCGUACCCAGAAAAACAAUGCUACUAAUGACGAUAUUAAUCUUAACGCAACCAACACUGUAAUCACCAAGGUGAAACGAACAAGGAGAAGUGUCCCUAGAGACUCCCCACCUCAACGCAGCUCAAUAUACCGAGGAGUCACUAGGCACCGAUGGACUGGCCGAUACGAAGCUCAUUUGUGGGACAAGCAUUGCUGGAAUGAAUCACAGAAUAAAAAAGGACGACAAGUCUAUCUUGGCGCUUAUGAUAAUGAAGAGGCAGCAGCACAUGCUUAUGAUCUAGCAGCACUGAAAUACUGGGGUCAAGAUACCAUUCUUAAUUUUCCGUUAUCAAACUACCUGAAUGAACUGAAAGAAAUGGAGGGUCAAUCACGGGAAGAGUAUAUCGGAUCGCUGAGGAGGAAAAGCAGUGGUUUUUCUAGGGGGAUUUCUAAAUACAGAGGUGUUGCAAGGCAUCAUCAUAACGGAAGGUGGGAGGCUCGGAUUGGCAAAGUUUUUGGCAAUAAAUAUCUUUAUCUCGGAACUUACGCUACCCAAGAAGAAGCUGCUACUGCCUAUGACCUGGCAGCUAUAGAAUACCGUGGACUCAAUGCUGUCACCAAUUUCGAUCUCAGCCGUUACAUUAAGUGGCUUAAGCCCAACAACACCAACAGCAACAAUGACCAGAUUAGUAUUAAUCUCACUAACAUAAAUAAUAAUUGCACUAACAACUUCAUCCCAAACCCUGAUCAAGAACAAGAAGUUAGUUUCUUCCACAACCAGGAUUCACUCAAUAAUACUAUUGUAGAGGAAGCCACGUUGGUGCCACAUCAGCCUCGUCCAGCAAGUGCCACGUUAGCAUUGGAGCUUCUACUUCAGUCAUCCAAGUUCAAGGAAAUGGUGGAAAUGACAUCCGUGGCCAAUCUUUCAACACAGAUGGAAUCUGAUCAGUUGCCACAGUGCACAUUUCCUGAUCACAUUCAGACAUACUUUGAGUAUGAAGAUUCCAAUAAAUAUGAGGAAGGGGAUGAUCUCCUGUUCAAGUUCAGCGAGUUCAGCUCCAUUGUGCCGUUUUACCAUUGUGACGAGUUCGAGAGUUGAAGUGAGGUUUAUAUAAUGCAUGGAAAAAAGAAAAUCCGAUAUGUUUGUUUAUUAUUUAAUUUGUUGAUUAUGUUAAAGACCAUAUUCACAAAUCUUUAGCUAAGAUUUAAGUUUUUAGAAGAGAGAUCAUGUCUUUCACUAAUAUUAUAAUAAGUGGACUUGUUUUCAAUAUGUGAAUAUGAAAAUUUAAUCUGCUUAUAUAGGGACGACGUCAUUAAUCAGAUAAAAAUGAAUAUUAAUGCGGCUUUGGGGA